CGCGCGAGAGGGACAGCGCGCGCGCUGCGGAAGCUGAACUUCAUUAAACUUUGGAGUGCGCAGAAAUGACGCGACACGUGCUCGCGCUCUUGGCCGGGUUGCUAUGGUUGCAGCGGAGCGCUGGUCAGCAGAGAGGACUGUUUCCGGCCGUGUUGAACCUGGCCUCCAUGGCGGACAUCACGGCGAACGCUACCUGCGGUUCAACGGGUCCCGAGAUGUUCUGUAAGCUGGUGGAACAUGUACCGGGUCAGCCCGUUAAAAACUCUCAGUGUCGAAUCUGCAACCAGAGGAGCGCGAAACCAGUCGAGCAUCAUCCCAUAGAAUACGCCAUCGAUGGGACCAACCGCUGGUGGCAAAGUCCCUCCAUCAAGAAUGGGAUGGAGUACCACUAUGUGACAAUCACGCUAGACUUGAAACAGGUUUUCCAGAUCGCCUAUUUGAUCAUCAAAGCAGCCAACUCUCCUCGCCCGGGUAACUGGGUGUUAGAGCGUUCGAUAGACGGUGUGACCUUUGAACCCUGGCAGUACUACGCCAUCACGGAGACGGAGUGCCUGACACGAUUCAACAUUAAUCCACGCAGAGGACCUCCAUCCUACACCAGGGACGAUGAAGUUAUCUGCACGUCAUUUUAUUCAAAGAUUCACCCUCUGGAGAACGGAGAGAUCCACACGUCUUUGAUCAAUGGCCGUCCCAGCGCGGAGGACCCCUCCCCGACUCUGCUCAACUUCACCUCGGCCCGCUACAUCCGGCUGGUGUUUCAGCGAAUCCGAACGCUGAACGCCGAUCUCAUGACCCUGACGCUCCGCGACCCCAGAGAUGUCGAUCCCAUCGUGACAAGACGGUACUACUAUUCCAUUAAGGACAUCUCAGUCGGAGGGAUGUGUAUCUGUUACGGCCACGCUAAAGCCUGCCCGCUCAACACUGUCACGAAGAAGUUCAGCUGUGAAUGUGAACACAACACAUGCGGCGAGAGCUGUGAUCGUUGUUGCCCUGGUUACCACCAGCAGCCCUGGAUGGCAGGAACCUUCCUCACUCGACAUAUCUGUGAAAAGUGUAACUGCCAUGGAAAGGCGGAGGAGUGCGUCUUCAAUCAGACCGCUGCAGACUUAUCGCUCAGCCUGGACGUCCACGGCAAAUACAGAGGGGGCGGGGUUUGCAUCGGUUGCCGCGACAACACGGCAGGCAUCAACUGUCAGACGUGCGUUGCGGGAUACUACCGACCUGCUGAGGUGGGAGCCGAGGAAGACGACCCCUGCGUCCCCUGCUCAUGUGACCCACACGGCUCUGUCAGCCAAUCGUGUGUCGCAGAUUCAAGCCAGGCGACGCCCCCCCAACCAGUAGGGUCGUGCCAGUGUAAGGAGGGUUUUGGGGGACGACGAUGUGACAGGUGUGCUGUUGGUUAUAUGGGCUACCCGUCCUGUCAGCGCUGUAACUGCAGCAUGGAGGGGAGCACAAAUGAUGACCCAUGUAUCACACCCUGCACGUGCAAGGAAAAUGUCGAGGGAGAGAAUUGUGACCGCUGUAAACUGGGAUUCUACGAUCUCCAAGGUGACAACGGACGUGGCUGCGAGAAGUGCUCCUGCAUGGGUGUUUCCAGCCAGUGCUCGGCCUCCGCCUGGACCUAUCAGAACGAGACCACGCUGACGGGCUGGCACCUGGUUGGAGACACUGGAGGGAGAGUGUGGUCCGUGCACAGAGAGACGCCUCCGUAUCUGAGCGUCCGACACGCAGAUGUCGUGAAUGAUCUCGGCUCCGCCUACUACUGGAACGCACCUGGACUUUACCUGGGAAACAAGCUUCCAGCCUACGGAGGGAGUGUGGUCUACGCCGUGUCCUAUACGACGGACCAGCAAGAACAAAUGGCAGUGAGAGUCACCUCAGAACCCGACCUCAUCAUAGAGGGCGCGGGGAUGAAGAUUGUGGACAGAAGGUUUGGGCAGCCGGUGUAUCCGUCCUCGCCAAGCACCAAUCACAUCGUCCUCCUGCCACAAAACUUCCUGGUGUCAGAGACGGAGCAAGUGAUUAGUCGGAGGGAUUUCCUGUCCGUGUUAGCCAAAGUGACCAGAGUGGCGGUGCGGGCGUCUUACAGCACAGAGCCCAGCGCCGUGUACAGGACUGCGACGACCACACCACUGGCCCCCACUGUGACGCAUGCCUACCUGGCUACUAUGGUAACGCCACCCAUGGCGACUGUCAUCCCUGCGCCUGCCCACUCAAUCUUCCCAGCAACAAGUAGGUUCUGA